UCUGUGGCUGGGCUUGCCGGUGUCGGCACCAUGAGGAAUGGGCAUCUAAUGUUGCUGCCAGGACUCUUGAUGCUGCUGCUGUUGUCAUUGGGAGCUGCAGCCCAGAUGUCUAGCGACUCAACUCGCUAUUGCCCUGCGAACUCCGCUGUUUUCAAUGACAUCUCCUGUCGUUGCUCUCCGGGAUUCAUUUCUUCAUCUGGGGAGAUCUUCUACAAUGGCGCUGAGCGUUGUGAAGACAUCAAUGAGUGUGCACCACCUUCACUAGUGUCUUGUGGAAAAUUUGCCGAUUGCCAGAACACAGAGGGGAGCUACCACUGCACGUGCAGCCCAGGAUAUGAGCCUGCUUCUGGGGCAAGAACGUUCAGGAAUGAGAGUGAGAACACGUGUCAAACUGUGGACGAAUGUCAGCUGAAACCCAGAGUCUGUAAAAGCCAUGGCAUCUGCAUCAACACCCAGUGCAGCUACACCUGCCAGUGCCCACCUCUCCAGAAGAUUCCACCACAGGGGGACCCUGACCCUCUGGCUUUGUCCUCAGACGUGAAUGAAUGCACGGCAGGGCAGAACCCAUGCCACAACUCCACCCACUGCCUCAACAACAUUGGGGGCUAUGAGUGCCACUGCUGCCCUGGCUGGAAGCCAGUUCCUGGGUCCCCCAAUGACCCCAAGAACACUGUCUGUGAGGAUGUGGAUGAGUGCAGUUCUGGGCAGCCUACAUGCCACAAUUCCACCGUCUGCAUCAACACCGUGGGCUCAUACAAGUGCCGCUGUCACCGGGGCUGGGAGCCCAAACCCAGAUUCCAGAAUAAUCAACCGAACACCACCUGUGAAGCCCCUGCAGAGGUGUCCUUCCCCACCUGGACCCCACCCCCUGGAAUCAAGAGCCAGAGACUCUCCCGUUUCUUUAAAAGAAUCCAAGAUCUGCACAGAGACUUCAAGCCAGCCUCAGCUCAGGGCACCAUCCAGGACCUCAUACAGGAGGUGGAUGAGCUGCUGGAGACUCCAGGGGAUCUGGAGGCUCUGCCCCGCUCAGAGCAGCACUGUGUGGCCACUAACCUGCUUGUUGGCCUUGAGGAUGUCCUGAGAAAGCUGAGCCAGGCCCUGCCCAAUGAUACAUUGACCUUCAAUGCAUCUGCAGGCACAGGCCUGUGCCUGAAGGAGCAGGAGCAAGGACACAGAAAUGUCACUUUGAGUUUAAAUCAGGUGAAGAUGCUGCUGAACUGGGAUGUGGUGUACGAAUCUGGUGACUCAGGUCCUUCUGUGGUGGGUCUCGUCUCCACUCCAGGGAUGGGCAAGUUGUUGGCUGAGGCCCGCCUGGUGUUGGAGUCUGAGAAGCAGGCAGUUCUGCAUGGGGCACACAAGGGCGUGCUGCGAGGAGUCUCCUCUGUCCUGGUCUCAGAUGUCAUCUCUGCCUUUAUGAGCAACAGGGAAACCCAGAACCUCAGCUCUCCCAUCACCUUCAUCUUCUCCCACCACUCGAUGACCCCUGGGCCAAUGCAAAAGGUGUUCUGUGCCUUCUGGGAUCACACUCCGGAUGGAUAUGGUCAUUGGUCCACCACAGGCUGCAGGAUGGUGGCCACUGGAGACAUCAGCACCACCUGCCAGUGCACCCACCUCAGCAGCUUUGCUGUUCUCUUGGCUCACUGUGACGUGCAGGAGGAGGAUACUGUGCUGGCUGUGAUCACCUAUGUGGGGCUGGGCCUCUCUCUGCUGUGCCUCCUCCUGGCAGCCCUCACCUUCCGGCUCUGCAAAGCCAUCCAGAACACCAGCACCUCGCUCCACCUGCAGCUGUCAAUCUGCCUCUUCCUGGCCCACCUGCUCUUCCUCACAGCCAUCGACUGGACUGAGAUCAAG